AUGUCACGUCAUCAGGUUCGUCGAAACAUACUUGACACUAGUAUUAUCAACCAAAUAAACAAGAAUUUAAACAAAAAAAUCAAUGAAUUGAAAAAUAAAAAUGAAGAAAUUCAACGACAAAUUCUUACGUUAAAUAAUGAUCUUUAUUACGAACGGACUUUAAACGAACGGAUCAUCACUAAUCAGCAAACCCAGAUAGAUUUAGAAACUCGCAAAGAGAUCUCUGCUGGUGUAUUAAAUAAGAGAG